CUUUCAUUUGUUGCACAAAAAUCCAUUAGCGUGGACUCCUAACAAGUUCUUUUCUUUUUUCUUUUUUUCUCUCUUUAUCGUUUCCUCUUUUCUUUUUUUUUUUCAUUAAAGUACAGUGAACAAUACUGGAUAAAAUGACAUUAUGCGUUCAAUCGGCACCCGGAUCACCGGACGAAUGGAGUCCUCGUUCCAAAGCGAAUUCCACCUCUUCACGAGCGCAUUCGUCCACAUCGGCAUCGAGCCGGUCAUUUAGCGCGGCAGGCUACGACGCUAUUGCCCGCACCUAUUAUCACGAGUUGCGCACUUACCUGGCUUCUUUUCUCGCUAAAGAGGCCGCGGAAGGACCGCAUCCUCAACGAGUGGCUGCACGUCAAAAAUUAGCUCGAUUGCAUAAUCACCAGUUUCACGAAUUAGCCAUGGACGUCUAUGACGAAUUGAUGAGGCGAAAAAUGGAUGAUAAACAAGUCCCUUUCUUGGCUGUGCGUGAAGAAUUCCAUCCCAAACGAAAUCAAGCAAGACAAAAAUUAGCCACGCUGCCAGUGUUCCGAUUCAAAGAUCUGGCCAGUGACGUGUUUUAUGCUCUGACGCGUCGUUAUCCGCAAAUCACCGAUGCAGAGGAUCACGAGUGGCAACCAUUACCCCCGUUACCUACGAGCAGUGUGUCGUCUCCGCAACCGCAACGGUCACCACCUGCGCCACCGGCCAUGAAUACGAGUCAAGCCACCAAUAUCGUUCCUGCCAAAGGCACAUUCAACCUGGAACCUGUUGAUGUCUCGGGGUCCGACGAUGAAACCAUGAGCGAUAACAGUCCCUUGGGAAAUUACAUCACACAAAGAAAGAACAGUGCCAUUGGCAAUGAAUCCAGUCGCACUUCGUAUUCCGCCAAACUUCCUCCCAUGCCAAGACCCUCGGUGAGCUCUCCUACCACAGCCAAAGAAGGCGACGAUACACUUGACAGCCUCAUGGCUGAUUUGGGCAACAUGGUCGCACAGCAUCCAAGUCCCUCCAAACCAGAAAAGUCGUCUUACACAGAUAUGCACAAAGCGCCUCAGCGGAUAGAAGCGGGAACCGACGGUGCAUGGGCUGAUUAUGAGCAUCGAAUCGCGGUGUUAACGCGUCGCGUGCACGAACUCGAGACAGAAGUGGCGCCUAGUAACCAAUCACAAUCCACGAUCCGUCCCACCGAACUAGACCGGUUAAAAAAAAUAGAAGAAGAGUAUCACCGACUUCAAAACGAAAACCGGGGACAUCAGCGCCUUAUGCGUGAAGUGAAAGACGAAACGUCGGAGCUGCUGAAGGAGCUGAAAGUACUGGCCUCUGAAAACGACGAAUUACGUGCCGAAAAAGAACGAGCCGACGCCCGGAUUCGGUAUCUGGCCGAAGAGGCAAGAAAAUGGGAGGAUAAAUAUGAAAAGGCACGAUUGGAAUUAAGGAACCUCAAAGCCUCCUCGACGUAUGGUGCACCCAAAUGUGAUCUUUCUCAAACGGGAUUCAUCCAACCAACAAAAGAAGGCGUCAUUCAGCAUGCUCACAUCAUUGCGUACCAAGCUGCCAUAGACGAAUUAUUACAGGUAGCAAGGUCCAGUGUUUCCGGUAAAGUCUUGUUGGUGGUGCAAAACGUUAUUCCGAUUUGCAAAUCGAUGACCGAGGAGACAGAGGCCUUUGAAGCCAAGGCGGAUGUUCCUUUGACUAUUCAGACUGAACUUCCCGAACUCAAAACCCGAUUUACGAAUGCUUUGAAACAGCUCAUCUCGGCCACGGAACUGCAUGCACGAAGCAUGGGACUCAGUCCCGUGUGCCUACUGGACGCUGCAGCUAGCCAUUUAACGGCUGCCGUAGUCGAUCUUGUCAAGCUUGUCGGGAUGGCUCCGAGCACUGACGAAGAAGAAAAACAGGAAGUCCAGAAUGACGCAAAAAAGACAGAAUCAACGGAGAAAAACGUGGAUGAACCGGCGAAAACUAGUACGGAACCCGUGGCGAGAAAGAAUGGAAUCUUGCCGCCCGAUGAACUUGUAGCCUACUUGCGCAGUGAAACAGGAAAAGUGGUGCAGAAUAUCCAAGGUUUACUAGCGGCAUUACGGUCGACGCAUGGACCCAAUAACGAAGCGUAUUCCAUUAUCAGCAAGAUCAUCCAUAGUGUAAUGAAUGUCAAUACGAAAGCGCAAGAUACGUUCAAUUCAUCUUUGGGCAUGACGUACCGUACCCAAGGAGAUUUAAUAUUAAUGGAUCUUCAAGCGUCCAGUGAAAAGUUGUUACGGCUGCGGGAUACCUCAUUUGUGAAACCCGACACGGCCUCAUCCACUGCAAAACGAGACUUGGCAAAAGAAGCUUACGAAGUUGCCAAAUACAUCAAAGAACUCAUUCAUAUUUUCAAAUAAAAAAAAGGUCAUUUAUAUUCAUUACCCUUUUCGUUGGCAUGAACUACUUGAAGCCAGCUUUACAAGUGGCACUGUCAUACCGUACUGUGCCGUUCCAAGGCGAUGGACAACAUCUUACCUAGAAUAUCAAGAAAAUCGGCGCUGACGAUCGACCUGAAAUCCACGCCAUAUCAUAUGACGAUGUUUCCAUCUUAACGUGAUUGGAGACUUCUGCUUGGAGCAAGGUAAAAUAAAAAUGAGGAUAUCGUCUUUAGUAUUAUUUAGGCAUUCGAAAAAAAAGGAGUGGGAUCUAAUAGACUAGUAAGAAAUGCACUACUUUUUUGUAGGAAAAUUAGAUAAGUGUGUA